AUGAUGUCAAAAUUUUCGCUCCAGGGUCGAACCGCGCUAGUGACGGGGGGCGCUCGAGGCUGUGGACUCGCUUUUGCGCGUGGACUGGCCGAAGCCGGGGCGAAUAUAGCCAUCUUCGAUGUGGUAGAUCCGGACGCUGCAUUCUAUACGAUUGAGAAGGAAUAUCCUGUUCGUACGGCGUAUUACAGAGUCGAUGUUGCGUCGCAGGAGUCGCUUGAAGGUGGAUUCACGCAGUUUCAGAAGGACUUCGAUAAUGCUCUCGAUAUUUGUGUCCCAUGCGCUGGGAUCAACCGCCAUCUCCCUUUUCUGGAAUUUACCUACAAAGACCACCAUGAUCUGGUCUCGAUUAAUGUGCUUGGACUAUACUUUACUGCUCAGCUGGCAGCAAAACAAAUGAUUGCAAAUGGAACAAAGCAUGGGAGCAUCAUUCUUGUAGCUAGCAUGGCUAGCCACAUUGCUGUGCGAAGCCAGCUAUGCAGCGCAUACUGCGGGACCAAAGGAGCUGUUCGAUCUAUGUGCCCUGCCAUCGCAAAGGAACUGGCAGAAUACGGCAUCCGAGUGAACUCGAUUUCUCCUGGGUAUGUGCGAACGGAGAUGACGGCGGCAUUCCCCCAUCUUGCACAGGGUUGGGAGUCGGAAGCCAUGAAUGGCCGUAUCGCUGAGCCUGAGGAUAUCAUGGGGGCGUGUACUUUCUUAGCUAGCGAUGCGAGUGCGUACAUGACGGGGCAGGAUAUCAUCGUGGAUGGGGGAGUCACUCGAUGCGUAGACAACGAAGGAUAUAAUUCCAGAGGCCCUGUUGAUACCUCAGCCACGGUCGUGGUGGUCGGUGCAGGACCGUCCGGGUUGAUGCUCGCAUGCAAUCUCGUUCGGUUCGGCAUUAAUGUGAAAAUCUUGGAUGAUCGUCCGGACAAGACUUCCACCGGGAAGGCGGAUGGCAUGCAGCCCAAGACGAUCGAGACAUUCAAGCAGAUGCGACUCGCCGAUCCCUUGUUGAAAAAUGGAGCCCGUGUUUAUGAUAUUUCCUUCUGGCAAUCCACAACAGAUAAAUCGCUCCACCGGACAGGACGUCAAACGCAUUACCCCGAGAAUCUCGUCGGCGCCUCCGAUCCCUAUAUCCUGCUUGCACACCAGGGCAUGGUUGAGGAGGUCUUGAUCGAUGAUAUGGAGGCGCGAGGUGUCUUCGUCAUGAGAAAUAGUCAGUUUACCUCCUGCUCACGCGUGGCAGGCACAGGGCAGCUGGAUGUCGCAUACGAGGACUUGGUGAGCAAGACGGUCAAGACAAUCCGCGCCGACUACCUAGUAGGAUGUGAUGGUGCUCGAUCAAAGGUGAGAGAGUGUAUCCCGGAUGCGCAAUUGGAGGGGAAGAUGACAAAUGCCUCAUGGGGUGUGCUGGAUGGCGUGAUCGAUACCGACUUUCCCGACCUGUGGAGCAAAGUUGCGGUGCGUUCCGACCUGGCCGGGUCUAUUCUUUGGAUCCCUCGCGAACGCAACAUGACUCGAUUAUACGUGCAGCUAAGCGAGACUGACGGCGAACGGGUCGACAGAUCCAAGGCUACACCCGAGUAUGUCAUGCAACGAGCCAGAGAUGCGAUGCAUCCCUUCCGCCUUGAGUGGAGGACAGUGGAAUGGUUCGGCAAUUACAUUGUGGGCCAACGCGUCGCGAAGCGUUUCAUGGACUCCGAGGCGCAGAUAUUUAUUGCCGGUGAUGCUGGACACUGUCACUCGGCUCUUGCAGCGCAAGGAGCGAAUACAAGCAUGCAUGACAGUUUCAAUCUCGCAUGGAAGCUGAAUCUUGUUAUUCGUGGUUUGGCUCAACCAUCACUCCUAGCCACCUACGAAGAGGAACGACAAAAGAUUGCCUACGAUCUUAUAAACUUCGAUGCAGAGCAUUGCAAAGCGUUCUCACAAGGGGAGGCUGCCCUUGCCAAGAACUUUGAGGAGAAUAUUCGCUUUAUCUCUGGCGUGGGUGCGGAAUAUGCGCAGGGCCUACUGAGCCGAGCCAGGACUGCCAGAUCAACCCCCCUGAGACCCGGUGCUCUCCAGCUUCCCGCAAAAGUGACUCGGUACAUUGACGCCAAUCCUGUUGAUAUCCAGAUUGACAUUCCGCUCUUAGGCCAGUUCCGAAUAUACUUCUUUAUCCCAGAUGUUUGUAAGGCACUUGGGUGGCUGAGGAUCCUUUGUGAGGGACUCGACAAUGCGACUAGGAUGGGAAAGAUAUCCUCACGAGCAGAUCAGUCAUAUGCAGUGCAACCCCAACGAGCAGCCCCGUUCGAAACUUUCCUGCAGCUACAACGAUAUACCUCCGUGUCCAGUGCCUUCACAUAUGCGAUGGUGACUCAGUCGUCCAAGUCCGAGUUCGAAAUUGCAGACUUGCCUAAGGUACUGCAAGAUAGUCGCUGGACCUUGUAUCUAGACGAUGUCGACACACCUCGUUGCACAGAGAAAUGGUAUGGGCCAUUGCAGGGAGAUCAGGUAGGUAUAGUGAUUGUGCGACCAGAUGGAUACAUUGGAGAUAUUGAUACAUGGGAACUGCCAGCGGGUAUCGAGUCAGUGAAGUGGAUCGAGAACUAUUUCGCAUUCAUGAUGUAA